GGUCAGAGGCCAGUUGGAGUUGGGAGGUGGGACCUCAGCAGCAGCAGCAGCAGCAGCAGUAAUGCGGGCUUCGGUGGCAGGCUGCAGGAUGAGCGUGGGUGCGCUCCUUAACGGGCUGCUGGUUUCUGUGGUUGCAGCUCUGCUUUGGAAGUAUUCCAAGCUGAGUGAGCAUGCUGCCUUGCUAGAGGAAGAGCUGCAUAUGACACAGCAGUCCCAGGAAGUCUCACAGGCUCGCAUCGACUACCAUGUAGCCCUGCAGGCUCUUCAGGAACAUGGCACCCGCAUGGUCUGUACUGGCAAGAUGCACACCGACCGCAUCUGCCGCUUUGACUACCUCUGCUACUGUUCUGAGGCAGAGGAGUUUGUGUUCUUCCACUCUAAUUCCUCUGUCAUGCUGCCUAACUUGGGGUCCAGGCGCUUUCAACCUGCCUUACUGGACUUGUCCUCGGUAGAGGAUCACAAUACCCAGUACUUCAACUUUUUAGAGCUUCCAGCUGCUGCUUUAAAGUUUAUGCCCAAGCCUGUGUUUGUACCAGAUGUGACACUGAUCCUUAACCGGUUUAAUCCCGAUAACCUAAUGCAUGUAUUCCAUGAUGACCUACUCCCAGCCUUUUAUACCAUGAAGCAGUAUUCAGACUUGGAUGAUGAGGCUCGUCUUGUGUUCAUGGAGGGCUGGGGCGAAGGCCCACACUUUGACCUAUACCGACUUCUCAGUAGCAAGCAGCCGUUACUCAAAGAACAGCUAAGGAACUUUGGAAAGCUAAUGUGUUUUACUAAAUCUUACGUUGGCCUGUCCAAAAUGACUACCUGGUACCAGUAUGGCUUUGUUCAGCCACAGGGACCAAAAGCCAACAUCUUGGUCUCAGGGAAUGAGAUCAGGCAGUUUGCCAGGGCUCUGAUGGAGAAAAUGAACAUUUCAAGGGUGGAUGAGGCAGAGAAGGAUGGAGGGAGUGCUGAAGAUGAAAAGGACAAAGAGAAGAAGGAUGAAUACAUUGUUGUAUUUAGUCGUUCAGCAACAAGGCUGAUACUGAAUGAAGCAGAGCUAAUCAUGGCACUGGCCCAGGAGUUCCAAAUGAGAGUGGUCACAGUGUCCUUAGAGGAACAGUCUUUUCCCAGUAUUAUCCAGGUGAUCAGCGGUGCUUCCAUGUUAGUCAGCAUGCAUGGAGCUCAGCUUAUCACCUCGCUUUUUCUCCCAAGAGGAGCUGCUGUGGUAGAGUUGUUCCCUUUUGCUGUGAACCCAGAGCAGUACACGCCGUAUAAAACCCUAGCCUCACUUCCAGGCAUGGACCUUCACUAUGUCUCCUGGAGGAACACAAAGGAGGAGAACACUGUGACCCACCCAGACAGACCAUGGGAGCAAGGAGGCAUCGUUCACUUGGAAAAAGAUGAGCAGGAACGAAUCCUGGCAAGUAAGGAUGUCCCCAGGCACUUGUGCUGCCGCAACCCAGAGUGGCUCUUCCGGAUCUAUCAGGACACUUUGGUGGACAUCCCAUCCUUCCUGGAAGUUCUCAGAGAAGCCAUGAAGACCAAGCCCAACUUGAAAAAGGCCAAGGCAGCCAGCACAGUCCACCCGGGUCGGGUCAGAGAGCCCCAAUGUCAGACUUCAGUACAAACCUCGAAUGAGGCAAAACUUACAGUCUCUUGGCAGAUCCCGUGGAAUCUGAAAUACCUUAAGGUAAGGGAGGUGAAGUACGAGGUGUGGAUCCAGGAGCAAGGAGAGAACACCUACAUGCCUUAUAUCCUUCCACAGCAGAACUACACUUUUUCAGAAAACAUUAAACCCUUCACCACCUACCUGGUGUGGGUUAGGUGUAUCUUCAACAAGAACCUCCUGGGUCCCUUUGCAGAUGUUCUUAUGUGCAGGACCUAGUACGAAAACAAGGCCAGUUUGGUGAUGUGCAGUUCACACAAAAGUGGAAUAAUGCUUGUUCCACACAAUCAAAUUGGAACAGGGAACUGUUUGCUCACAGUUUUUCCUGUGGGAGUUAGCAAAUGUCAUAAGGCUUGUUUCUAGAGUCCAGGAACAGGCUGUUGAGCUCUUGCACAGUGAUGUUUCCAUGUCCAGCACAAAGUUCGAAGUGACUCCAAGAUGAAGACUUGAACCACAGGGUCAGAACUCAAUGGCAAUAGCCAUUGAGGAGUGGAAAGUAUUUUUCCUGUAUUUAUGAAAGAAAGAAAGAAAGUGCUAAACCAUGUCUCUACUGAUAUACCAGAAUUCAAAUCAGCAGAUUUAUUUAUGUGAAAAAUAAUAUAUAACUUUUUUUAGUAUUAGUCAAAACACUGGAUCUUUACCUUUUACAGUAUGCAAUGUAGCUUCUCCGUGGUGAGCAAGAGAAAUUUUAGAAAAGCAGGAUUUUUUUAUGUUUUCUGACUUGUCUAAUGUCUACUGUGUGUGUGUAUGUAUGUGUGUGUGUGAUACCUCCGUGGCUUAGUUUACCUACCGAUUGUUAGAUACAUUAUUUACAGAACUUAGCCAAAACCAAAGCAACUUUUCCCAUGCAAUUUCAGCCAAUUAUCAUUCAUGCCAUAUUAAAUUCUCAUGUUAUAGAUUUCUCACACUUGCAGUGUUUGCUAAGAACUAUAGAAUUUCAAACCUUAUCUCUAAAAAUGUUGUCAUGGAUUAAUAUAAAAUUCAUCAAGCAACAUUGUUUUUAUGAAUUUACUGUUCAUGAAUUCUUCAUGAACAGUAAUGUGUGUAUUUGACCCUGAGAGCUAAGGUAUUCAGUAUUAUAGACCACUUCAUGGAUAAUUUAAUAUCUUGAGGUUGUUCUUUUGUGUGUUAUAUUUAUAACACUACAAGUUCCCGCCCACAAAAAAUGUAUGUCUGUUUUCCUGCAGAAAUAGAUAUUUUUUUUCUUAUUGGCACUAAUUACAACUGUAAUAAUUAUAAUUUUCUGUGAAGCGUACAUUUUUUUUUCCACCAGGCUGUAAUUAGCAUUAAGUAGUUUCCCUCCUGUACCCAGCAGAAGGCUGCUGGACAGUCGGAUUUCACUGCCUUGUGUAAAAAGCAUUUCAUUAAGAUAACAAGGUAUUUUGCAGCUUAGGAUUCCACCGCCUUGUGUAAAACUGUUAAUUAAGAUUAAAUCCUCAGUUAUGUGUCUUUUUACUUUCUUUCCUCAAAGGUUUUCUAGCUGGUCUGAAAAAGUCUAAUGUUGAGUUUUAAAAGUAAACAGCAGACCCACAAAGCUGCCUGGUAAAGUUGUUUUAGUGUCAUAUGCAAAUGUGCAGUUUAUGGGCAGCGGUACGGCAGAAAUGUGCUCAUCUUUUAACCCCUUGAAUUGCAGCUGUAGGUGGUGGCGGAGAUGUAGCGAGAGAUAGUUUAUGGAAUGGCACAACUUAAACAAAACACUGCCACCAACAUAUUGUGUUAUAUUGUGCCAUUGUUGAAAGGAUGUCAUGCCUUUUCUGUCUCUUUUCUUUUACCUAUCUCUCCGCCUUUCUCUUUACCCUUCUUAGGUUUCUCCCCAUUUUCUAAAGUUCUCAAAUGCAGUUUGUUUCAGUGCAUGUCUAAACGAUUAUGUUAUGCCAUUGUUAUGUAUGCAGGAUGUGAUGGAUUAGAUUUCUGUGCGAGGACUAUUAAAAUUAUUUUGAUUCUGACAUGUAUGUGUUUAUAUUGUUGGUUAGAUUUGUGUGUGCCCCUGCCCCACCUCUGUACCUCUGUAUGUGCUGAGUGAAACAAGAGUCUCUGUUUUCUACAUUAGCAGAUAGCUAGAGUUUUUUUCAGUAACUGUGGUUUGAAUAAAGAAACGUAUUUCUUA